GCUUGAUGACCCUUGCCGCCAUGGCCAGAGCUCAAUCUACCACCGUCCGAUUACCGAAUAUACCGGCACUGUCUCUAUUUAAAGACCACAGUCUCCACCCCACAGGGAGCAUUUAGCUCCUUCGUCACCCACUGCCCUCACUUGUUUAAUUGAGUCGCCCGUUCAGAAUCAUAUUCCUCAUAUAUUUAAACCGGUUGUCGAUCCCAUUUGUCUUGAUGCAUCACCCAGCCAGCCGCUUCUACUCUGAUUCAGAUGAUGAUCGUCCUUCUUCUUGCGACUCUAUCACUUCUUCCGUAUCUCAGUGCACCCAGGAGUCUCAUUUGCCAUCUUCCUUGCGCAAACUUCUCAAUCCAGUCCUUCCAUCAUCACCCCCUUCUCAUCUUCGUUCUCCAAGCACUGAUAAUAUCCCUCAGGCACCGCUUGCCAGAAUACGCCUUGCCAAGCAAGAAAAUCAAGACCAUAAUGACCUGAGCCGUUUAAGACCGUGGAAGCAGCUCCCAUCUCCUCGCCCUUUAAACCCGCACCCACCCAUGCCGCUGCCGCCAAUUUAUCUUUGCAUACCCGCACCGCACACUCCGGAUCGUUCGUUGAGAUCUUGUUCACCAAUCAGCCCUCAAUUUAAUCCCUACUAUCUCCCAGCUCCUCGAUUGUACCGAGAGCGGAUGAUUGAAGAGGCUGGCCAUGUGGCCGAUGCAGCGGCCCGAUCCCGCACGAAUACUCCCUCACUUGCAAGCUCAGGUUCGUUAGCAAGUGCUGAUCAUAGAGAGAUCUCUGCAAGUAACAAAACGAAAACGACUUCGCCUCUCUACGAUCCAAUUUCUGUUCGAUCCGAGCGGCCCAUUGUUCAGAAGAACGUUAACCACUCCCGCGAAAAAGAACGUAACCGCUGUUUAACAUGUGGCAGUUCAUUCUCAACAUUUGCCAACCUCACCCGUCACGAGAAGAAGUGCCCCGUCGCUCCUGCCGACAUUGGCUUUUAGUCAUUUCCCCUAGAAUCAGGUCAACUCGAAGGACGUCCUUUGAUCGAGGAUCAAUCCUUUCCCCAUUCCAAGACGGUAGUAAGAGAGGACAGGCGCCUCUUUUUUCCACUUUCACUUCCUGAUACUAUUGCCCUGGUAGAAUUUUGAAAAAUUUCUUUUCCCCAACUAAAAGACAGGGAAUAAAUUGCAGAUGUGUUGGAGAUGUUUUGCUUAGUGUUUUACUUUCUACUUUUCAUGUUCUUCUGAUUUAAAGGAUUAGUCUAGUCUCUAUUUUCUCUCAACUAAAAAUAAAUAAGUAAAGCUUGGAGAAGGGUAGCUGGAGCAGUAGCAUGGUGUAAAUCUCAAUUGAACUAUCAGGGAAAUUCUAUUUAUAUCUUGUAGUGUGUAAAUGAAAUCCACGAUUUUAUUACUUGAGAUUUUGAAAUAACAUCCGCA